AUGGAACAAGUCUCGGUCGGCGGCAGCAGAUACUUACUGCUUGUGGUUGGCGAAGCCAGCGGUUGCAUAAAGGGCUUCUGUCUGCGGUCCAAGUCUGAGAGUGAAGACUGUAUCAAGAACCACAUUAUCAAGAUUCAGACUCAGUUCGGCACGAAGAUCAAGUUUGUUCGGCACGAUGGAGCGCAUGAGUUUGCGACCAACUCCAUCAAGACCUUCUACGGAGAUCAUGGUAUCGAACAACAGAUCACGGUGCCGUAUGCACACCAGACCAACGCAUGUUUGUCGUGA